CCGCGCACGCGCAGCUGAUCGAUCGAGCGUCCUGGCGGUAAAAAACGAAAACGGGAACGUCAACAAUGUAACGAACGUCGUGGAAAUUAGUAAAUAAAUUCGGCAGUUGCUUAAUUGAACAAUACUGAAACGUCAAACGUUAAUGCUUCUUUUGACAACGUUUAGUUUCCGCGAUGUCACAUAGAAGAGAUUCAGUGCUCGUCUCAUCUCUGGGUAAAGGAGACAGUUUACAUCAAGAAGUUUUAGCAUCAUUCCCUCUGUGUCAGACGACAGAAGAGGAUUUGAUCCAGAACCCUCUGCUCUGUAAGUUACUGGCCACACUGUCCCAGCAUGUGGACCCAACUGGACUCACACAGCAGCUGCGGAAAGAUCUGGAGAAGGCGGAGCGUGAGUUACACACUCAGAGGUUGGGCUGGCUCCGUGUGGAGAGCGUUCAUCGGGUUCUGCAGGAGAUCCUUCAGGAGAAUCACUUCAGCAGAACCUCCAGCACUUCAGCAGACGAGGAGAAGUUCUACAGCACAUUGGAACAGUGUGUGUUGGUUGCGCAGUGUGUCAGACUGUUGGACAGCAGCUCUGAUGUGAGUGAAGAUCACGCUGCUCUUCUGGGACUUUCUGCGGAGAGACUGACAAGACAUCUGCCUGAUGAACAGGAGGUCUUACAAAUGAAGCACAGGCUGCCAUCCGAACUGCUGAAAUAUCUAAAGAAGAAGGCGGGCGACAUACUGUCAUACUACCAGCCUGACUGGGAGAAUGAAAGCGAAGGUCUCUGGAAUGUGAAGCUUUCUAAACUUCCUGAGCUGUUGGACAGUGAACAGAAGAAAGCAAAGAGCCUCAGCGAGAAGAACAGCGAGAACAUCACGUUACUCCAGCGACAGACUCACGCGUACCUCUCUGAGCUGCUGAAAUGUAUGAAGAUCCUGCAGUGUCUCAUUCUGGAUCUCCGGCUGAAAGCUCAGAAAGAUCUGGACAGAAAAAAGAUUGAGUACUUUGAAGCCAAAUGUGAGAUCGGUUUGCAGAAGAUAAGGGCAGAGAUGCUCGAAGUUCAACUUGACACCUACACGAGAGACAAGAUCGCAGCUCAUAAAAGAAUUACAGAGAAACUCAAGGCAGAGCAGAAAUCUUCAGAGAUGGAGAAGCAGGCGGUGGAGUCCAAGCUUGCGUCCUUUGAGAUCUAUGGGAAGGAUUUUGAGGCUCUGGCUGAGGAAUACUCCAGACUCCAGCAGGAGAUCGCCACCAAAUCCUGGGCACUGAAAGAAUUUGCUAUAUAAAUGCAAAAAAUCUGAAUUUCCUUAACCCUUCAGAUAUUAAAUGUGUUUGACUGUGGAAUCCUUCUGUUGUUUCCCUGAAAAAUGUUAGUGUUUCAUUUCCCAGUUCUUGGUUCGUUUUUAAUUGAAUGAUUGUCAGUUUCUGUAUAAAGGUAUUUCAUUCAAAUAAAAUUGUUCUUGAAAUUUUA